AUGGGGCGUAUGCACAGUGGAGGUAAGGGUAUUUCAUCUUCUGCUUUGCCAUACAAGAGGACAGCACCGAGCUGGCUAAAGACCACCUCACAAGAUGUGGAAGAAACUAUUUGCAAGUUUGCCAAAAAGGGUUUGACUCCUUCUCAGAUUGGUGUCAUUCUUCGUGACUCUCAUGGAAUUGCUCAGGUUAGGAGUAUCACUGGAAGCAAAAUCCUUCGUAUCCUCAAAGCUCACGGACUUGCACCUGAAAUUCCUGAGGAUUUGUACCAUUUGAUUAAGAAGGCAGUUUCAAUUAGGAAGCAUCUGGAGAGGAACAGGAAGGAUAAGGACUCUAAGUUCAGGUUGAUUCUUGUGGAGAGCAGAAUCCAUCGCCUUGCUCGCUAUUACAAGAAGACCAAGAAGCUCCCACCAGUCUGGAAAUACGAAUCAACAACUGCCAGCACUCUGGUUGCUUAG